UAAGGAGGUGCGCACCUGGGCCAUGCGUCCCCGGAGAGACUUUGGGAAGGCUUGAUUGCCUGCUUUUGAAGGUCAGGUGGGAGGGCCUGUUCAUUUCCACGAAGCUGCAGCGGACUCUCAACCCUGGGACUAGGACGCCCUGUAAAAAGCUGCGUGAACCUGUGGGGAACGCGGCGGGAGAGGCCCCGCCCUUCCGCACCAGGCCGCGGGGCUGCCCCUCCCGAGGUCCCAGGCGGUGCUCCUUCUCCGGACGGCGCUGGAGGCCCUGGCAGUGGCGGCCCACGGGGCCCAUGGCGCUGCCCGCCUGGCUGCAGCCCAGGUAUAGGAAGAAUGCCUAUCUUUUCAUCUACUACUUAAUCCAGUUCUGUGGCCAUUCAUGGAUAUUUACAAAUAUGACAGUCAGAUUCUUUUCAUUUGGAAAAGAUUCAAUGGUUGACACUUUUUAUGCUAUUGGACUUGUGAUGAGACUUUGCCAAUCCAUCUCCCUCUUGGAGUUGCUGCACAUAUAUGUUGGCAUUGAAUCAAGCCAUCUUCUUCCUAGGUUCCUGCAGCUCACAGAAAGAAUAAUCAUCCUUUUUGUGGUGAUCACCAGUCAAGAGGAAGUCCAAGAGAAAUAUGUGGUGUGUGUUUUAUUCAUCUUUUGGAAUCUAUUGGAUAUGGUUAGGUACACGUACAGCAUGUUAUCGGUCCUGGGCAUAUCCUAUUCCGUCCUGACGUGGCUCAGUCAGACACUGUGGAUGCCGAUUUACCCUUUGUGUGUUCUUGCUGAAGCGUUUGCCAUCUAUCAGUCACUGCCGUAUUUUGAAUCAUUUGGCACUUACUCCACAAAACUGCCCUUUGACUUAUCCAUCUAUUUCCCGUAUGUGCUGAAAAUAUAUCUCAUCAUGCUCUUUAUGGGUAUGUAUUUUACCUACAGUCAUCUUUACUCAGAAAGAAGAGACAUCCUCAGAGUCUCUUCCAUGAAAAAGAAGAAAACGUGAGGCACACUGUUCUGAUGUGACACAAGACAAAACAGGCCUUAUGGAUUCUGCUGCAGCAAAGUCAACACAGGAAGAAUUUUGGUGGGAAAGUACCCAGUAUUUGACAACAACCUGUGACAGCAGUCUUUGAUUCUCACACAUUAUAUUUUCAAAAUGUAUACUCUGAAAAUGUGUUUCUCUAAAGCUGUGGAUUUUGUACAAGUUAAAUUUAUAUUGUAUGAAGCCUGAUUAUUUUGCUGUAAGGGUAAUGAGAAAUAGAUUAACUAGAGUAGAUUCAAUUAAAUUGAGAAACCAAAGCUGUUAAUCUAACUUACAUCUAUUUCUUUCACUUCUGGAUUUGCAAGUAGCAGCAGAUCCAUAGGAGGGCAGUGAUGUGAAACACGCUCUGAAGUUGUCUAGAAUAACAUAUUUUAGUUAUUUUAGUGUGCAAAGAGAACAGGUGCCCUUUACAAACUUUAGGUAACUUAGUCUACUUUCCUCCAAUAUGCUGCUGAAAUACACAUCUGGAGUCACCAAAAUGAAGAUAAAGAACUAGAGAAACUACACUUAACUGGGUCAUUAUAAGAAAUUAAAAUUUCAUUACUAAAUAAUACUUUAAUUUUUUAAAGCAAAUUACCUGAAGAACCUUCCUCCUUCCUAAAAUGAAAGCCCAAAAAGAAACACAGGUAACUUUAUGAUUAUGGUAAUUUUGAAAUAGGGAUGUGCAUUGAUAAUAAUUUGAGGUAUCUACAACAAUUAUAAGAUCUGUAAUUUCCUAUGGUGACAUAGUCACAAUUGUUAGUGUAAUUGUGGUUGGUUGCUUAUAUUAAAAUUGACAUACUAAAUUUCAUUAGAGAUUUGUGAAAAUAAGGGUAUACUUUCUUCUCCCACUCAAGUUCAUGUUCCGAGGUUAAGUAAACAAGAGAGGAGCCAUCUAGCCAAUUGGAUAUCACCAAGAUUGCAAACUUCAUUCCUUUGGCUAUCUAUUUUAACUGUUUCCAUCAAAUCUCCAUUUUGUUUUAUUCAGUGUGAUCAAAGGCUUAGUUUCUCAAAUCUAAUUAAUAUAAAAUAGGAACCAUUAGAUAUUUUGAAAGCUUAAGAUAUAACUUUUAAAUGAUCUUUCUUUGGAGUUUCAAAUGCCAAGGUGAAUUACCUGAAUUUCCAAGUAAUCCAAGCAAAGGAACAAUAAUCACAGCAGCAGUGCCUGUGGUGAAGGAAAAAAAAAGGAAAACUGCACCAAAUCAACUGCUGUGGAGAAUUUACUUCAUCACUCAGCAAAAGUCUACUAAAAAUGCAACACACACACUCAUAUGUAAUGUCAGAGUCCCUGAGCUUUUCCUUUAUCAUAGCUGAAACAAGACAAUAACAAACACUUCCAGCAUGCUCAUUCAGUUAGAUGAGUUUUAUUUUACUGUAGUAUGCUUUCCAUGAAACACUCUUAUCCUGGCCUUAGCUUUUGAUCCAAUAAACACGUUAACCUUAGUAGAAGGAGUUGAGCCCCAGUCGGCUGCAUACACAUGCCUAUGUUCACUCAACAAGAAACACUUAUUUUGUGCCAAAAUGUGGGAGACACAGGUUAAUGUGAUUAAACCUUUACCAGGCUUCCUGCAAACAUGUUUGUUAUUAAAGAAUGUACCACAUCUGCCCUGGCCGGUGUAGCUCAGUGGAUUGAGCGUGGGCCUGCAAACCAAAGGGUCAUCAGUUUGAUUCCUGGUCAGGGCAUCAGUUGGGGUUGUGCGAGAGGCAAGCAAUUGAAGUUUCUCUCCCUCUUUCUCCCCUUUCUCUGAAAAUAAAAUCUUAAAAAAAAAGUUUUCUGUGCAUUUUCUUAUACUUAAAUCGUUUUUCAAGAUACUCAGUGGGAAUUAUUAACCAACUAAUCUAUCUUUGUUAAAGUAUCUGGCAUUUUAAAUCUUGCUUUAAUGAAGGUUAGUCAAUUCUCUAUGAAAAUCAAUUAGUAAAAACAUCCCAUGUAGGAGUCCACUGCAUACUUACUUCGCGGUACUCAGCUGAACCAUGGGGACCUGUGAGAACAGAUGCAGUCUGGAGUUAAGAACACUGGUUUUGACUGGAAAUCCAGCUCCAAUAUUUAUGUACUGAGUAAAUCCCCAAGUUCCAGUUUCCGUAACUGCUUAAGGUGGUUGUGAAGAGCAGAUGAAGGAUGGUGCAUUAAACCUUUGUAAAUUAUGAAGGGCUACACAGUAAAAAUUUUGUGUCGUGUUU